UUAGCACUUAGUUGUACGUGUUGAAUAAACGUCAUGAGGCUUGUUAUCAAUCUUUGGCUCUGAUGUGAUCUAAAAUCUGCUUCUGAGAUGGCAUUACUGGAGGUAUAAGCUGUUUUCUUACAAGAUACCCAUGCAGGUGACAACAACAGAUGUGUCAUCUGCGUAUUGGAUCUUAUGGCCAGAUAGUUUCAAGUCGUUAAUAUGUACAAUGAAGAGUAAUAGUACCAGGACUGAUCCCCGUGCAGCUCCUAAAUGGACAUUGUAUGCGGCUGAGCAGCGACCACUGACUUUUGUCAUGAGUUUUCUGUUUGAAAAGAACAAGACCAUAAAUAUCGAACUUUUAUAUAUCUGUGCAUCUCUACACCGAAUAAACAUAUGGCAACAAUGCGUGCGGUGUGAGAUUUUUUGACAGUAUAUAACGUAUGUUUUGUAUUUUGAUAGUUUCCCGGAAAUUGGUAUUAACAUUUUGGCAGGAGUAUUUUGGAAAUUGAAAAAGAAAACAAUUCGGCAGGGAUCUGUUUACAGUCCAUCUAUCAGCUUUUUCCUGUUGCUCAGUGGUUAACUCCAACAAGAAAAAAUAUCGUUUCUAGAGCAGUGGAGUUUCGUAGUUUUCCAAAAUGGGGAAAAUAUCGAAAGUUGUGGUAUGCGGCAUGAAGGGUGUUGGGAAAACGACAAUUUUGGAACAAGUUAUUUAUGGAAAUAUCACUGAGAAAACGGAGCUUCAUCCAACAAUUGAAGAUAUUUAUGUAGCCAACAUUGAGUCAGAUAAAGGGACAAAAGAGAAAGUUAGAUUUUAUGAUACUGCUGGUGGUACCACAAACCAACAGUUACCAAGACACUACCUUGUAUUAGCAGAUGGUUAUCUGUUAGUGUAUGAUACAGCUAAUAGAAACUCUUUGGAUGUGCUGAUUUCUUUAAAGAAAGACAUAGAUAAGAACAAAGAUAAAAAGGAGGUAAGUUUCUUUUUACAAACAUUAGUUAUGUAUUUUGCAAUGCUGCACCUAGUACUAUGUUUUUGA